UGUGUGUGUCGGGAGAGGUGGGAGAGGUGUGUGACUCUGAGUAUCGGCCCUGUGUGCUGUCUGAGACACAUGUGUCUUCCGGUGAGAAGACCUCCAUCUCAUCCUGUAACCCUUGUUUUCAUCUUACCCCCCAUCUGUCCCCUUGGUGCCUCAAAUCCCUGGAUGCGAUUCCCAGCUCCAUUCUCUCCCUGGCCCUAACCAGCCCUGCAACAUCCUGGAGCCUUUCAGACACCAUGGCUUUCCCCCAGGGGAAGGGUCCUGAGGUGACCUCUGCAAUGGCUUAGUGAACAGGGGCUAUUUUAGGUUUCUCACCACAGCCUGCCUCACAGUUCACCACAGGGGUGUCAGCCCCCAUCCCCCCUUCCACAGGAGAACAGUUACAGUGAAGGGUGAGAGGGGUGGUAGCGCUGGGGUGGGGACCAGGGCACUGAUGUGACAGAGUCAUUGGCUGGGCAGCUGGACCUGGUGGAUCCAGGAAGGCUUCCUGGAAGAGGUGAGUGAUGCUUGGUAGGAGGGGCGGGACCCAUAAGGGGAACUGGAUUUGGGGAUUAAGAAAAGCCAAGCAGGGGCCCGCGGGCCCCUCUGGGGAAAUCAGGGUUCACUGUUGGCCUCACCCUGAAACUCUCCAUUCCUCUCACAGCUUAGGAAAUGGAGUGCUCCCCCCAGCAGUUCCUCUCUGAGUGUUGCAAUGCCAGGGUUUCUGGUGGGGUGUGGGGAGCCCUUGCUCAAUGACCUGCUAGUCUGUUGCUCAGGGGACACAGUUACCCAGAGAGGCUAAGCCAUUGGUGGGCUCCCCAAGGGACCCUGGUGGCCCAGCUUCUGACCGGGUAUUUCCUUGAUAUGGGGUAGGAGUUGGCUCUGGAGAUGGGUGUCCACCUUUGCUCGGCCACCAUUUGUGGCCGGUAGCCGUGGGCUGCUGGGGUCUACCCAUCCCAGGCUGUGAGCAGAGGCAGCUUCCAAAGGUCUCUGGCCCCUCCCAAGGACCAUGCUGCAGCCCCACUGACCACGGAGUAGGGGCCUGAGGGCAGGGCACCUGGAAUGGGCUGUGUGUUUUGCAAGAAGGUGGAGCCAGCGCCCAAGGAGGCUGUUGGCCUGGAAGGGGACUUCAGGAGCUACGGGGUUGCAGACCGCUAUGGCCCUGACCCUACUCAGGCCCGGCCUAUGUCUUCCUUGGCCCAUAUUCCCAACUACAACAACUUCUCCCCUCAGCCCACCAGCCCCGCCUUCCUUGAUGGGGGCACCAUCAGGGCCAUCUCAGGGCCUGGGGUGACCCUGUUCGUUGCUCUGUAUGACUAUGAGGCCCGGACGGAAGAUGACCUCACCUUCACCAAGGGCGAGAAGUUCCACAUCCUGAACAACACUGAAGGUGACUGGUGGGAGGCCCGGUCCCUCAGCUCUGGACAAACUGGCUACAUCCCCAGCAACUAUGUGGCCCCUGUGGACUCCAUCCAGGCUGAAGAGUGGUACUUUGGAAAGAUGGGAAGGAAGGAUUCUGAGAGGCAGCUGCUCUCCGCUGGCAACCCCCGGGGAGCCUUUCUCAUUCGGGAGAGUGAGACAACCAAAGGUGCCUACUCUCUAUCCAUCCGGGAUUGGGACCAGGCCAGAGGCGAGCAUGUGAAGCAUUACAAGAUCCGAAAGCUGGACACGGGUGGCUACUACAUCACCGCGAGGGCCCAGUUUGACUCGGUGCAGGAGCUGGUGCAGCACUACAUGGAGGUGAACGACGGGCUGUGCUACCUGCUCACGGCGGCCUGCACGACCAUGAGGCCGCAGACGCUGGGCCUGGCCAAGGACGCCUGGGAGAUCAGCCGCAGCUCCAUCACGCUCGAGCGCCGGCUGGGCACUGGCUGCUUCGGGGACGUGUGGCUGGGCACGUGGAACGGCAGCACGAAGGUGGCGGUGAAGACGCUGAAGCCGGGCACCAUGUCCCCGAAGGCCUUCCUGGAGGAGGCGCAGGUCAUGAAGUUGCUGCGACACGACAAGCUGGUGCAGCUGUACGCCGUGGUGUCGGAGGAGCCCAUCUACAUUGUGACCGAGUUCAUGUGCCAUGGGAGCUUGCUGGAGUUCCUCAAGGACCGAGAGGGCCAGGAUUUGAUGCUGCCCCAGUUGGUGGACAUGGCAGCCCAGGUAGCCGAAGGCAUGGCCUACAUGGAGCGCAUGAACUACAUCCACCGGGACCUGAGGGCAGCCAACAUUCUCGUGGGGGAGCGGCUGGUGUGCAAGAUCGCUGACUUUGGGCUGGCCCGGCUCAUCGAGGAUGAUGAGUACAACCCCCAGCAAGGGGCCAAGUUUCCCAUCAAGUGGACAGCCCCAGAGGCGGCCCUUUAUGGCAGAUUCACCAUCAAAUCAGAUGUGUGGUCCUUUGGAAUCCUGCUCACUGAACUCAUCAGCAAGGGCCGAGUUCCUUACCCAGGCAUGAAUAACCGGGAAGUGUUGGAUCAGGUGGAGCAUGGCUACCACAUGACGUGCCCCCCAGGCUGCCCAGCAUCCCUGUACGAGGUCAUGUUGCAGACCUGGCGUCUGGAUCCGGAGGAGAGGCCUACCUUCGAGUACCUGCAGUCCUUCCUGGAGGACUACUUCACCUCCACAGAACCCCAGUACCAGCCUGGGGAUCAGACAUAGCUGGUCUGGGCAUCUGCCACCUCUCUGGGGGUGCCCACCAGCCCUUUUCAAUCCCCAGGGUUCUGGUUCCAAAGCCCCCAGGCUUAGAGCCCUAUAGAGUCCUAGCCUGUCAGAGCAAACUGUUCGCUCUGACGCCAUCAAGGGCAACCCACUCAUUUUAAAGAUAGACAAAUAGAGGUUCAGAGAUGAUCCCUUACCCAGUGUGGCCCAGGCAAUAUUUCUCCCUCCAAUUUAGGACCCUAUAUGCUUCUAGUCUCCCUACCUCCCCCCGCCCCUCCCCAAAAAAGGAAAUACUCAGACCUUGUCUAGUUAUUUAUAAAACUAUAUCAUUUCCCUCGCCUCCUACCCCUGCAUUCCUAUCCUGCCAUCCCACCCUGGUCCAGGACCCCAGAAUUCAACCCCAGUCAUCUCUUGUGUCUGUAAGUUACAAAGAGAGGGAAAAACUUACCUGGACUCCUUUCCCGUGAAGUGUACCCUGUAGUCCAGGACUGGGGUCCAAGGCCCAGAUUGAGGGAGAGGAUUGCUGAGGGCUUACCCCCGCCCCAGUCAUGUGUGUAUGUGUACUGAUUUUGUAAAUAAGAAAAAUGACAAUGUGAAUCCAUGAGCUAUGAAGAUCCCUUCCUUUGCGAGGGAGGAUGGUCAGUGGGAGGUGAGUGGGGCUGCUUUGGCUGCUGGGAAGAGGGAGGACCCUGAGAGCUAAUAAGCACAGGGUACACCAAGGUGUGUCUUAGGACACCCAAAAAUCCUAUGCUCAUCCCCACUGAGUUUAGAACAAGUCCAGCGAUGGCUAUAGAAGACAGGCAGUUGGAGAUCAAAAUGUCACCUUCAUUACUACCGUGGUUUUAGUUCGUGUGCAGUGGGUUUGCUAAUUCUUUACUUGAUCCUACAGAUUUACUGUUUUUCACAGGCAUAGCAGCAGGCCUCCCUCAAAAGGGGCAGUGGGGGAGGUUCACAGUGGACCCCCUACAGCUCCCCAAAAGAAGACAGAGGGAGGGGAGAGGGGAGGCCUGAGAGUUAGUCCAGCUCACUGGGUCUCACCUGGACAGCUCUGUGCUCUAGGGGGUUUUGGAGAGGUUUGGAGGCAGUUUUGUUUGUGAUGAUGACUAGGGCCUCCUGUCAGGGAGUGGGCAGGGAUGGAAGGUGCUCAACAACCGGCCUGUGCGCAUGUGCAGUGAGGAAUUGUCCCACCCCAGGUCCCCCUUCAAGGCACUCUGACAGCUGAUGUGCAUCUACAUGGAAACAAGGGGAACCAGAAGUAAGGAUUUCCACCUCCGCCAUCAGGAAAUUGUUGACCCCCUGACUUACUAAGAGGAUGGACAGGGCUAGAGGCUGGGAGCUAGGAGUCACUGCUGUAAUUGGCAAACAAUCACAGAGCAUUAAAUUUGCGAAGGCCCUUUGCUAGGUGGGAUCCCAGGAACACAAACGUGAACAAGACCAGUCCUUGUCCUGGAGGAGCUUACAGUCAGGCUGGAGAGAAAUAAUAAUAACCUAUCUAUUAAGCA